ACUAAGGGAAGAAGAAGAAGGAUCCGGGAGCCGUAGACACUAGACAGUAGAGAGUCUUGAGAGCGGAGAAGCGGCGAGUGACGUUACAUUUCACCAUUAUCUUCUUUUCACUAUUUUAUAUAAUUGCGUAACAUAAAUAAGACAGCAUCAAUAAUAAUAAUUCCACUUCCGUCUCUCCCUCUUUCGGCUAUCAUCAAACCAAACAGAGAGACAAAACUUAAACUCUUUAUUUUGCUUUUCAUGAUAAAUUUGUAAAUUUUGGUUUCUGAAUUCUGAUCUACCGAAGGCAGAUUUCUCUUCCUCUCUCCUUCACAUUCGCCGUUUUCACUUCUGCAAGAUCCAACUCACUCAAGGAGAAGACAUGAUAGAGUGCAGUGAAUGCCACUCGAAAAUCUCAGCAAAUAAUAAUAACAGUAAAGCAGUAGCGAGAGCAUACGAUAGACAUAGAAGCGAUGUGUCGUCUAAAGCACGCGUUCUUAAUCUUCUUUUGGUCGGUGGUGAUUGCAUCUUUGUCGGUCUCCAGCCUAUAUUGGUGUAUAUUUCAAAGCAUAAUGGGAAUUUCGAUUAUAGUCCUAUAAGUGUUAAUUUCCUCACCGAGACUGCAAAAGUUUUUUUUGCAAUCUUCAUGCUCUUGAUCCAGGCUCGACAUAAAAAAGUCGGGGAGAAAUCUCUUCUUUCUUUCUCUACCUUUGUCCAGGCUGCUCGAAACAACAUGCUUCUUGCUGUUCCAGCUUUCCUAUAUGCUAUUAACAAUUAUUUGAAGUUUACUAUGCAGCUUUACUUUAAUCCUGCAACGGUGAAGAUGCUGAGCAACCUGAAGGUUUUGGUGAUUGCUGUGUUGUUGAAGGUGAUCAUGAAACGGCGAUUUUCAAUCAUUCAGUGGGAAGCUCUUGCUCUAUUGCUCAUUGGGAUUAGUUUGAAUCAGAUACAAUCUCUGCCUGCAGGCUCCACUGCAAUGGGUCUUUCAGUUGCAACAGGGGCAUACUUGUACACACUAAUUUUUGUUACUGUUCCAUCAUUCGCUUCAGUCUACAAUGAGUAUGCUUUGAAGAGUCAAUUUGAGACUAGCAUAUACCUUCAGAACCUUUUCCUGUACGGGUAUGGUGCCAUAUUCAACUUCCUAGCCAUUCUUGUGACUGCCCUAUUUAUAGGUCCAAGUAGCUUGGAUAUACUACAUGGGCAUUCAAAAGCUACCAUGCUGUUGAUAUGUAAUAAUGCAGCACAAGGGAUUUUAUCUUCUUUCUUCUUCAAAUAUGCAGAUACAAUUUUGAAAAAGUACUCGUCAACAGUAGCAACAAUUUUUACUGGAAUAGCAUCUGCUGUACUUUUUGGUCAUACCCUGACUAUGAAUUUUAUCUUAGGAAUCUCUAUCGUGUUUAUCUCCAUGCACCAGUUCUUUUCACCACUUUCGAAGGUUAAGGAUGAACCACAAAAUGGUAGUUUGGAAACGGUUGAUAGUCAGAACAACCAGAGAUCUAAGGAUUCAUCCUUCAUAAAUAUGGCAGCUGGAGCAAAUGACGAUGCUAGUCAUCGUGUUGAACAUGAUGAGAAGGCGCCACUACUUCCCAUCUAGAGUUUGCAGUGGGGAUGAUCUUGGCGUGAUUCCCUACACCAUUGCCGACGGGGACCCGCAGCAUCCACUGAGCAAGGGUCGCUGAACCAUCUUUGAACUAUCGGGGGCAUUGUUGAUAAAGCCGAGUUUCUGAAACAGACCAGGAAAAGAACAAUCAUAUAGCGAGCUGUGGCAAAUUCUGUUCUCGUCCCCUUAUACAAUGCAGAAAGCUAUUAUUCUCAUCAGAUGCCUCUUCCAAUAUGUGUUACUGUUUUUUUUCGGUAACUUUUCCAUGAAAAUGUCUUGGAUCAGUGCUCUCUGAAACAACAAGAUAGUGCAGGCUCGGAGGUAUAUUGGAUUUCUGGGACUCUUCGUGUUUAUUGUAAAUUCCAGUUUUUGAGCACCA